AUGGAAGAGGACAAACAAGAAUUUCAAAGUUUAAGAGUUUCAAGGCUAAGGCAAUCAUAUACAUUUGCAACACAUUCACUCUUGAAAGCCUGUUCCAAGGAGGAAUUCCUGAAGAUUGUCUCAUCAUUCAAACAAUCUUACCAAGAAACGCUUUACCAGCUUUAUUUGAAGAUAAUUGCUUCCAUGCAUGAGAAUAUACAGGUAAUGGCUGCACUAGGAACUAUUGAGCAGCUGAUUGAAAACAAAAAGUUUGAUGUUCUACAUGAAGAUAAUACUUCAGUUAAUGAUGUGAAACAAGAGAUUUCCAAGAGAGAACUCGGUGAGAUACAUUACUUGAAAAAUAUGUUAGAGAAGGUGCUGGAGCAAAAUGAAAAGGAUGAAAAAUAUUUAGAAGUGCCUUGUGUUGAUAAUAUAUCCCAGUAUGGCGUGGUUGAGAGGAAAGAUCAUUAUAAACUUCAAGCAAAUGCAAAGUAA